UGUUUUCGUUUCGGGUUUCCCAUCCGCAUUUCAAGGUUACCUCCUUAUAAUUGGAAUUAAUUCUUGUUGUGUAUGGUAUUUUAGAAAAGACAAUGGUGUUUAAAUUAGUUCGCAUUGAUGCGGAGGAACCGAAUAAAAUUCAGCUACCGCUAGGAACACAUUUAAUAGGGAGAGGAAAAUUUCUCGAUUGCGAAGAUAAGCGAAUAUCGAGAAACCAUGGUCAUCUAAUCAUAACUGAGACCAGUGUAGUCAUAGAGGCGUUGCACCAAAACCCCUGUUUCUUCACAAAAAAGGGUUCAGAAGAAAAGCAAGUGUUAAAAAAGUCCUUUAAAGAAAUACUUGAGAAUGGUGAUAGAUUUGGACUCUUGCCAGGCUCCUACUGGUAUGAGGUGUUGCACUGUACAACGGAAACUGACAGUCAAGCGACUGAUGUGUCAAACACAGAAGAAAUUGACCCGGGUAAAGGAGAAACUGAUCAAGAUAGUCAGAUAGAUCAGACGUUAAGUACAGAAAUCGUUAAUUCUAAUGCUAAUGAAGAAAGAAAAAAUGAGGAAGAUAACGAAGAUUCUAUUUUGAAUUUUGAUUUAAAUGAAACAGUGGGAAAUGGUGGAAGACCUGAAUCACCAUCAUUACUUGACCAACAAAAUGAACAAAAUUCACCUCACCAACAAGUAGAGCCUUCAAGUCCAACCACCACAGAGCAAACAGACCCACUAGAACCCACAGACCCACCAGAACCCACAGUUCCUACAGACCCACCAGAACCAGUUCUGCCGGCAGCUCCCAUAGAUGCACACAAACCAGAGGUUCAAACAGAACAGAAAUCAACAGUAUCACCACUUAAAAGAAGUCACAGUCCAGAAGGGGAUGAUGGAGUUAAAAGGGUAAAGACGGAGCCGGUGGACAUUAAAGAGGAGGUAUUGGUGAAGCAGGAGCCUGAUGCCAGUGACGGGGCGGGGCCCAGCAGUGGUCAGGCUGAUCAAGCUAGCGCAUCUAAUGCAGCGAACGGGAAGGCGCCACCGAGUCCGGUGCCCCCACGGGAACGCUGCAUGUAUGGGGCUGAUUGCUAUAGACGUAACCCAGUGCACAAGGCGCAGUUCGCGCACCCCCGGGACACGGACUGGGGCGCCGGCGAGCAGGCGCCGUGCCCGUACGGCGCCGCGUGCCGCAAGCGCGACCCGAGGCACUGGCGCCUGCACUCGCAUCCACCGCAGGCGUGCAUGCCACCCCCAGCAGGUGCGCAGGUCGUGGAAAGGCACGGGAACGUGUUCUACAUCAACGCUCACGCGGUCAACUUUUACGACGAUCACUUCCAAGUUGAAGACGAUGACGGGGACAGCGUCGACUUCGAUUAUGAGUUCUAAUGCGUCGUAUUAAGGUUCUAGAUACCAUGACAGAUGCAGCACUAAGAAAGUUGGGCCGAGUGUAUUGCAUGAGUCUGUCUCACUGUAACUAUAAGAACUGAACUGCAGUGAUGUUGUAGGUCUUCUUGCACUGGUAAAGCAAAUUGGCGAAGGCUUGAUAAAAUCCAAAAAAUAUUUAAUCAUUAGCCUAUGUCGUACUAGUCCUUGAGGAAAGCGACCAGCAUUAUGUAAUUGUCGUGAUUAACAAAAGAUUUAUAAGCUCGAAAUGAUGUUGUUCACACAAACGAUCCUAUGGUUAACGUUAACCCAUUCAGGGCCAGCGACUCAGCGUAUGGGUCAUUCUCAAACAGUUCCGCAGGGCCAGUGACUCACAUGUGACAAGUAAAACUCGAGCUAUUUCCUACAAGACUCUGAAAAAACCCGUUUUAAAUUCGAAUACCACUUCUACCAUAGCAUGACUACUCAAUAAAUGAGAUGAAUGAAGAAGGAUUAUUUAAUUUAACUGUGAUGACUACAAAGAGAUUAUGUUUAGGUCAAAGGCCGAAAGCGAAAAAGCGCCAGCGGCCAUCCCAAUCAGGGUCUGACUCUGACCCUGGAUCAGCUGGAAGCCCUG